UUCCCGACGGCGACGACGAACGCCGUCACGAGCUCCGGCCAAAAUUCUCUCACUAAUCAGACCGAUCCAGAUAAAAUCCGAAGCAUGAGGAGGAUGUUUCGGCCAAUGAUUCUGAGUAAUCUGAUUCGAUCUUGCUCGAGAGCUACGCGUUCAAUUAAUCGAUCGUCUCUCUCGUCGAUGAUGUUUCGUCUGUACUCCACCGAAGUGGAACCUCAGUUAUCUCCAGAUCUUAUUAAGAUUAUGGAUCAGAGACUAUCAGCAAUAGAACACAGGAACGCUAUUCUCCAGAGGCUUAUUAACCAGCCUGAGUACUCACAAGAAGAGUUCUCACGAGCUAACAAGGAGCUUCGGAAGCUGAGAGACUCUAUGGAGCUCAUCAGUUCUUUGAGGGCUAUUCAAAAGGAGAUUGAUGGGCUGAAGACUCUGGUCUCAGAGAGCGCUGAUGAUAAGGACAUGCUUGAGAUGGCUGUUAGUGAGUUAGAUGAAGCGGUGGAGGAGGAAAAAAGGCUUCAGACUUUGCUGCUUAAGUCUUUGCUUCCUAAAGAUGAAGCUGAUGAGAGGGAUUGCAUUUUGGAGGUCAGAGCAGGUACUGGUGGAGAAGAGGCUUCUUUGUUUGCCAUGGACAUUUUCAGAAUGUACGAAAGGUAUUCUCAGAAGAAAGGUUGGCAGUUUGAUAUUGUAGACAUCACCGAGUCUGAUAUGAAAGGAUAUAAAGAAGCAAGUGCUGCAAUUUGUGGAGCCAGUGUGUAUGGAAAACUUAAGUUCGAGAGUGGAAUUCACAGGGUUCAGCGUAUUCCUAUCACAGAGAAAUCUGGACGUAUUCACACCAGCGCUGUUUCUGUUGCCAUCCUUCCCCAGGCUGAUGAGGUAGAUGUUCAGCUAAGGAAUGAAGAUUUGAGGAUUGAUACUUACAGGUCUGGUGGCUGCGGUGGUCAACAUGCCAACACAACCAACAGCGCAGUCCGAAUAAUCCACCAUCCAACUGGGAUCAUGGUCUCCAUCCAAGACGAAAGAUCACAACAUAUGAACAAAGCCAAAGCUCUUAAAGUACUCUGCGCAAAGCUCUAUGAGAUUGAAAGGUUGAGAUUACAGAGCAGCCGGUCAAAGCUACGAUCAGAACAGAUUGGCAGUGGAGACCGAUCUGGACGCAUACGUACGUACAAUUUUCCACAAGGGAGAGUGACGGAUCAUCGUGUGGGAAUCACUCACCACGCUAUUGAAGAUAUGAUGGAAGGAGAGAAUCUGGACACCUUCAUCGACGCCCUUCUCUUGCGCCAAGAAAUGGAUGACAUUGCUUCUUUCAGCUCCACUUCAUGAACAGAGGUAGACCAGAACUCUGAGCUCGUCUUAAGUUCAUCAUCAGCUGUCAAAAGUCGUUAGCAGUAGUAAUAAAAUAUUUGAUUAGAAGAAAGCUAGCAAAAAAAGAGAAGGGAGGAGAAACAGGGAGCCAGGGAAGAGGCAGUGCAUGGGAAGAGACCAAACAUAGUCAUUUGAUGUUUUGGUAAAAACUCGAUCCAUGCUCUGCUUGUUCCCUGUCUCUCUCUCGUUACCACUUUUGUCCUCUUCAUUUCUUUGUAAAACAGAUUAAAGAAAAGCUUGCUUGUUUUACCUUUGAACUUGGCAAGUUCUUUGAGUUUAUUUGAUGAUGUUGUUUUAAUGACAUAGGUUUAAAUAGAUAUCGAAACCGUGAGAUAUUUGUACUCCUUGUUAUGGAAACUCUUGUACUGCGAUCUAGCUUAGCUAAUAAAGAGUACACACAAUUUAUUAAUUU